AUGGGUGUCGACCAGUUAGUAGAAUCGAUUACGCCAUACAAUUUACGCCCGAUAGCAGCUCAUUUAUAUGUUCCUCCAUUUCCUGAAAAUCGUCCCAGCUUUCAUUUAAGUACUUUUACAGUCAUCACCUCUAUCUGGACAUAUGCUUGGCUGACUAACUUUGGAUAUGACGAGUAUUAUGAACUCGGAAUGGUCGGAUAUGCCGUCAUUUUCGUAUUACUGGCACUUGUGUUACUAUUCUGUCAUUGGCUAAUGCCAGUGAGAUGUUUUUUCAUGUGCUCCGAGCAGAGCGAUGUUCGGAAAUCAUCCCAUGUAUGCGUCCAACCAACACAGAAUAAUGGAUGGCCAGAACUAGUUCUGCUGAAUAGAACAAAAAGAGAUCAACAGACGAAGUUAUGGUUUGAGUUUCAACGAGUUCAUUACACCUGGGAAGAAGAAACCGGAAGUUUCCAAACGAAAACGCUGGAUAUUUCGAAGCCAAUGGAAUUUUUCCAAAAAAAUUUUGGAUUCGAAACAGAAGAUCAAGUGAAAGAAGCGAAAUAUCUUCUGGGUGAUAAUAAAACUGAGAUGGUCGUUCCACAGUUUUUGGAGAUGUUCAUCGAAAGAGCCACUGCUCCGUUUUUUGUUUUCCAAGUUUUCUGUGUUGGUCUGUGGUGUCUCGAGGAUAUGUGGUAUUACUCUCUGUUCACACUUUUCAUGCUUAUGACCUUCGAAGCAACUCUUGUGAAACAACAAAUGAAAAAUAUGUCGGAGAUUCGAAAUAUGGGAAAUAAAACGUAUAUGAUCAGUGUGCUGCGCGGCAAGAAAUGGAUGAAGAUAAAGACUGAAGAGCUCGUUGCUGGAGACAUUGUAUCAAUUGGAAGAGGUGGAGAAGAUGAAUGUGUUCCAUGCGAUCUGCUACUGUUAAGAGGACCUUGCAUCGUGGAUGAAUCAAUGUUAACUGGAGAAAGUGUACCACAAAUGAAAGAACCGAUAGAAGAUGUUGAAAAAUCAAAGGUUUUCGAUAUCGAUAACGACAGCAGACUUCAUGUUAUUUUUGGAGGAACAAAGAUCGUGCAACACACUGCUCCUGGAAAAGCUGCCGAGGGAAUGGUGAAAUCACCAGAUGGAAACUGUAUAUGCUAUGUCAUUCGCACUGGUUUCAAUACUUCUCAGGGCAAACUUCUCCGUACUAUUAUGUUCGGUGUCAAGAAAGCAACAGCAAACAAUCUGGAAACUUUCUGCUUCAUUCUUUUCCUUCUCAUCUUCGCAAUUGCUGCGGCAGCAUAUCUCUGGAUCAAGGGAUCAGUAGAUGAAACCAGAAGCAAGUACAAGUUAUUCCUGGAAUGCACUCUUAUUCUUACAUCGGUCAUCCCUCCUGAGCUCCCCAUCGAACUAUCUCUCGCCGUCAAUUCUUCACUGAUGGCACUUCAAAAGCUAGGAAUCUUCUGCACAGAACCAUUCAGAAUUCCAUUCGCUGGAAAAGUUGAUAUUUGUUGUUUUGAUAAAACUGGAACCCUGACAACGGAUAAUUUGGUCGUAGAAGGAGUAGCGCUGAACAAUCAGAAAGAGGGAAUGAUCCGUAAAGUGGAAGAUCUACCGUUGCAAAGUCUACAAGUUCUUGCUUCCUGCCACAGUCUGGUUAGAUUUGACGAGGACUUGGUUGGAGAUCCCCUCGAAAAAGCUUGUCUGUCUUGGUGUGACUGGAUUUUAACGAAAGGAGACGCUGUAAUGCCUCCAAAAUCACAAAAAGGAAUCACCGGUAUCAAAAUCUUCCAUCGAUAUCACUUUUCGUCAGCCUUGAAACGAAUGACAGUAGUUGCCGGUUAUCAAGCAUCCGGAACUGCCGAUACUGUUUUUAUAUCUGCUGUCAAGGGAGCUCCGGAAGUUCUUAGAAAUAUGUACACUGAACUUCCUGCUGAUUACGAUGAAACCUACAUGCGUCUCACCAGACAAGGAGCUCGUGUUCUUGCAAUGGGAACCCGUAAAUUAGGAGAAACUCGUGUUGGAGAACUACGAGAGAAAAAACGGGAAAGUUUCGAAAACGACCUUACUUUUGCUGGAUUUGUCGUCAUCUCUUGUCCCUUAAAAACCGACACCAAAUCGAUGAUUCGUGAAAUCAUCGAUAGUUCUCAUGCAGUCGUGAUGAUCACAGGAGACAAUCCUCUGACCGCUUGUCAUGUUGCAAAAGUUCUUAAAUUCACAAAAAAAUAUUCACAAACUUUGGUUCUUGAUGAGCCCGAGAACGGCGUCGAUUGGAUUUGGAAAUCGGUUGAUGGAACUAUAGAGCUUCCAUUGAAACCGAAAACUACGAACAAAUUAGAAAGGAAAGCGUUUUUCACAUCUCAUGAAUUUUGUCUCACUGGUUCUGCAUUUCAUAAUUUGGUCCAUAAUGAGCACACUUUCCUUCGAGAAUUGAUUCUUCAUGUCAAAGUGUUUGCGAGAAUGGCUCCAAAGCAAAAGGAACGAGUUAUCAAUGAACUGAAGUCUCUGGGGAAAGUGACACUGAUGUGUGGAGAUGGUACAAACGAUGUCGGGGCUUUAAAACAUUCGAAUGUUGGAGUUGCUUUGCUCACGAAUCCGUACGAUGCUGACAAGGCGGCAGAGCUCGAAAAAGAAAGAAAAGCCAAAAUCGAAGAAGCCAAGUCAUUGGUUCGUAGUGGUGCUACUAUUCCUCCUCGUGCCAAUUCUCCCGGAUCCCCUCCACCACCUAAUCAGUCUCGUCGUGAUGCUCCACCCGGUGCACGUGCCAGAACAGCUCCAAGUCCAAUGAAUAACCCAGCUCAGGCUCGGCUGGAAAGUUUAAUGAAGGAGUUGGAAGACGAAGAGAAAGCAAUGGUAAUCAAGUUAGGAGAUGCUUCAAUCGCAGCACCAUUCACCAGUAAAUAUACCUCAAUUGCAUCAAUUUGUCAUGUCAUCAAGCAAGGACGAUGUACAUUGGUCACUACACUCCAGAUGUUCAAAAUCUUGGCUCUCAAUGCUCUUGUUUCUGCUUACUCGCUUUCUGCUCUAUAUCUCGAUGGUGUCAAGUUCAGUGACACUCAAGCAACUAUUCAAGGUCUUCUUCUCGCUGCUUGUUUCCUAUUUAUUUCCAAGUCGAAAGUGUGUGAUCAAACAACUUUUCCAUUUAUAUCCGAAUUUCAGCCUCUGAAAACACUAUCACGACAGCGUCCAAUGGCUAACAUUUUCAAUGCCUAUACUCUUCUCACUGUGACACUUCAAUUCAUUGUCCAUUUUUCGUGCCUCUUAUAUAUCGUUGGACUGGCGCAUGAAGCUGAUCCAAAGGUUGGACCAGCGGAUCUUGAGGCCAAAUUCACACCAAACAUCCUAAACACCACCGUCUAUAUCAUUUCGAUGGCGCUUCAAGUAUGCACUUUUGCCGUUAAUUAUCGAGGAAGACCUUUCAUGGAGUCACUGUUCGAAAAUAAAGCAAUGCUCUACAGCAUUAUGUUCUCUGGAAGUGCUGUAUUUACACUGGCUAGCGGGCAAGCAACGGAUCUUAUGAACCAAUUCGAGUUGGUCGUACUUCCUGAGCAAGUGAGUUCUAUUUUUCGCAUUUUUAUCAAUUCACGAUUUCUUUUUCAGCUUCGAAACGCUCUCCUGAUGUGUGUCUCGGCGGAUCUUGUCAUGUGCUAUCUUAUUGAUCGUGGGCUCAACUUCUUCCUUGGGGAUAUGUUUUAG